GUUUCUGUUUGAGUGUCGUUUGUUCCGUUGGGGUCAGACAGCUUCUCAAAGGACUCACACAGACAGAUUAGUCAUACCCGGACCGUUACUCAACCCCGUUGUGAGAAUCUCACAGGGAGAGACAGGCAGCACACACCGCAGAGAGCAUGAAGUGGGCGUGUCUGCUAGCGGGUUUCCUGCUCCAGAGCGCAGGGGUCAGACGGAACCAAGUCACAGGAGCGGUGUGGAAGCCGUGCGAGUCCAGGAGCUCCUGCGAGGAAUGCAUUGAGAGCCAUCCGGACUGUGCCUGGUGCAAACAGCUGAACUUCACGAAGGCCGGGGAAUCGGACUCCAGUCGCUGUGACUCAGCGGAGAGUCUGAGGCAGCGAGGGUGUGCAGGAAGCGAGAUUCAGAACCCCAGGAACGUCCUGGACAUUAACAAGGACAGGCAGCUGAGACAGGGAGAGGAGGUCAGGGGUGGGGAGGAGGUGGUGCAGCUGCAACCACAAGGACUGACCCUAACUCUGCGCCCAGGGGCUCCUCAGAGCUUCACGGUGAAGUUCAAGCGCGCCGAGGGCUACCCCAUAGACCUCUACUACCUGAUGGACCUCUCCUACUCCAUGAAGGAUGAUCUGGAGAACAUUAAGAAGCUGGGUCAGGAGAUCCUCACCGCUCUCAACAAAGUCACACGCUCUGUGAAGAUCGGUUUCGGUUCCUUCGUGGAUAAGACCGUUCUGCCCUACGUCAGCACGGUGAAGUCCAAGCUGUUGAACCCGUGUCCCACGCGCCUGGACACCUGCCAGCCCCCGUUCAGCUUCCGCAACGUGCUGUCGCUCACGGAGAGCGCGGCGCUGUUCGAGGAGCGCGUCAGCGAGCAGAGCAUCUCGGGGAACCUGGACUCCCCCGAAGCAGGGUUCGAUGCCAUGAUGCAGGCAGCCGUCUGUCAGAGAGAGAUCGGCUGGAGGAACGUGACCCGGCUGCUGGUCUACACCUCGGACGACACGUUCCACAUGGCCGGGGAUGGCAAGCUGGGCGGGAUCUACUUCCCCAACGACGGCCACUGCCAUCUGAACAAGGGGGGUGUGUACGACAGGAGCACCUACUACGAUUACCCCUCGGUGGGGCAGCUGGCUCAGGUCCUGUCUGCCAACAACAUCCAGUCCAUUUUUGCCGUGACGGAGAAGAUCUAUCCCACGUACCAGGAGCUCAGCAGACUGAUCCCGAAGUCUGCAGUGGGAGUGCUGACGAGCGACUCCAGCAACGUGGUGCAGCUCAUUGAAGAUGCCUACAACAGCCUCUCCUCCACCAUCUACCUGGACCCCCUGCAGCUGCCUGCGGGGCUCAGCGUCUCCUUCGACUCGCACUGCGGGAACCACACCGUGCACGGGCAGAGACGAGGGGAGUGCACCGGGGUCAAGAUCGGGCAGGAGAUCAGCUUCACCGUGACGGUGACCAGCGCGGAGUGUCUGACGGGCAGCCAGCACUUCAUCAUCAAACCACAGGGCAUCAACGAGGAGCUGCAGGUCACUGUGAAGACAGCGUGUGACUGCGGCUGCGGAGACGAGGAUCCCUCAUCACAGCACUGCAGCCAUGGCAACGGCUCUCUGCACUGCGGCGUCUGCAGCUGUAAUAAGGGCAGGCAGGGCCGCCACUGUGAGUGCCAGCUCUCCGGAGACGAGGCCAGCGACCUGCAGCAGAGCUGCCGAGCUGGUAACCGCUCGACGCUGUGCAGCGGACACGGGCGCUGUGAGUGCGGGGCCUGCCUCUGCGACAAGAACAGGGGCGGAGCCCACUGUGAGUGUGACCACACUGCCUGCCCGAGACACAACAACACGCUGUGUGGAGGCAAGGGGGAGUGCAGCUGCGGCCAGUGCGUGUGCUCGCAGGGUUUCACAGGGGAGGCCUGCGAGUGCCCUGCUGCCAAUACCAGCUGCGUUCCUGAGGCGGGCGGGGAGCUGUGCAGCGGCAACGGCACCUGUGUGUGCAACCGCUGCCACUGCAAAGAGGGCUACAUCGGGAGACACUGCCUGACAUGCAUCAACUGCAAAACAGACUGCCAGAGCUACGAGACCUGUCUGUUGUGUGAGCUGGACGGGGGGCACUGUGAGUCAGAGUGCAAGGGAGCCCUGAGACGAGAGGUAAAGAAACUUCCAGAAGACACCUGCAUCCUGGAUAACGCCAUCUUCCGUGUGAUUCCACCCAGAGAGGAAGGGAGUGGGGUCGUCAUUGAAUACGUGAGGAGAAUGUCCCCUCCCAGCACCCUGACCAUCGUGGGAGGCUCUGUCUCGGGAAUCGUGUUCAUCGGGCUUCUUCUGAUCAUGCUGUACCGCAUCAUCAUCUUUUUCUACGACAGACAAGAGUUCCGCCGCUUCGAGAAUGAGAGGCAGAAAGAGAAGUGGAAUAAGGACGAUAACCCCCUGUUUAUACAUGCCACCACCACUGUAAUGAACCCCAACUUCGAAGAGAGCUAAACCAGCCACACAGCCUGCAGAGAGCCAGGACGCGGAGGACUCGCAAUCCACUCCCUGUGUCUAACGAGCUCCCCAGCACUGUAACGCAGCCUGGAUCCCCACCUAAACCAUCCCCACCCCCCCUGCCUUUCCCCUGUUCGAGAACCCCUUAAAGACUUCCCAUCAUUCCCUGCGGACCAACAUGGGUGGAAGAAGGGAGGCCGUGUCAUGUUGCUCCUGAAGAAAAUGUAUUUGAAAUGGAAACGCAUCGUGCACAAGGAUCAGGGAGGAAGAUGAACUGGGGUUCUGAAUCUUAUUAAGGGGAGGAGAAUUUUUUUUAACACAAAACACAUUUAAGAGGUGUUAAUAUUUUGCAUUAUUAUUAAUAAAGGAUGAUUUAUGAUAA